AUGCCUGAGCAACCGACCGAUCCGUUCCGUGCUCUCUUCCUUGCGGCCGUGGAGUCCGCGCUUUCUCGGGGGCCUAACUCCGAAAGUUUGCUAGAAUUGUUGCGAACCGCUACGCCUGGAUUGUCUUAUGAAACUUAGACUUAAGAAUCCAGUUGUAGAUAAACAAUUUACUUAAGUACUAGUUUUGCAAAUGGGGCAAUUAUUAAGUACAUCAACUAACUUACUAAUACUAGCUCAGGAGUUCUUUUCGCUUAAUGUUCCUAGAAGUUUAGUUCCUCAAAUGAAUAAGUACUAAAAACUAGCUCAUGUUGACGAGGACUCCUGGUUUAGGACAUCUUGGGGAUGUUCUAAUCUUAUGCAGCCGAAUUGAGCGGGACGAAUUCCAGGGAGAAAGCACUGAAGACACUACAGCUCCGUUUACACCCGGACAAGCAUGACCCGGCUACGAAGUCGCGCGCGACCGACCUCUUCCAGCAGCUCCACUCUUUCGUUGCAUCUUGUAAUCUCAAGCGCGAGUCAGAUCAUGAGCAGGAUGAUGGAUUUUUUGUGGCUCAGAAGAGGCCUAAAAAGAGCAACUCCGGAGGAGGUGUAGGCACAGCUUCUUCUAGUGCGUCUUCUAGUUCAUCUGCAACGUCGAAUAAAGCGCCCAAUCCAGCACAGAAUAGCAGCUGUAGCGAUCACGUCGGAGGAGGGGAUGGGAAGAAGAAAAGUGGUGCCACACCAGCGUCAUCCAGUUGUACUUCUACAACUACUUCUAGAGGAAAGGAAAACAAGUCGAGUACAACAUCAAAAUCAAAGGAAGCAGGAGGAGCAGAAGAAUUGUUCCCUGACAGCUUCAACUGUUUUGAGGCCUGGAAAUUCCUGAGAGCUGAUACGUUCCGACCAGAAGGAUGUCCGCUCACGAUAUGCGCAAACGUGCGAGGACAAAUAGCAAGGGGUGAUGCAGUUGGAAGCCAGUUCCUCUUCACUAGCGACUGGACUGGUCCUCUACGAUCGCUCAACAAAGACACGGAGAAGAACCAAGGAGAACAGACGAGCAGUAACGCCUCUUCUUCCUCGUCCUCCUCUUCCUCAAUUAUAGAUGAAAUCAAAACGCAGUUAAUGCGUGACGGUCCUGUAGUCAGCCAGUCGUUCGUCCUUCGAACGAGAUUCAAGACGCAGCAUAGUACCGCUUUCGCGUCAUUGCCAGUCGAUACGGCAGUCUCCGUCGUUAUCUACGGCUGGACACAAACUACCACAGGAGAUGCGUGGCUGUUGUGGCCUCCAGCAAAUUCUAUGAAAUUCCCUGUGCCACAAGUUUGUGCAACGACAACUGCGAGUAAGGUCAUGGGAGCUUGGCUCAAUAGCCAUGGCGAACCGAUUAGCAGCAAUCCUCUUUCGCCAACAUCGUCUGCUGCUAAUGGCACGGUCCUAGUCGGAUUUCACCAGUUUGGUAUCGAAGACAGCGUUUGCUACGUUCCACCGAGCACUUUGUUGGAUGUCCCUUGGUUUCGUAGCGUGUCACCGUAUGUGGAAUUGGAGAAGAAACAAGCGAUUGAGAUUGUUAAGGCUCGAGUAGCUUUUCAUUUUUUUCCGACUUGUUUCUAUGUUUAUGUCUUACAACCUUGCUGCCAGUUAUAUACUUGGCGGAUAUUUUUAAGUAGGAUGACACAUUUAUAUUACAUUUACAGCCUCUAAAGUCAGAGGCGAGAGGUUCGUAGUAUCCGAUUCUAGGCCAGACUUCCUGCAGACGAUACUAUCAGCCCUAGCGGACCAUAAGAUCCCCGGUUUUCAAGCAGCGGUCGAAGCAGGAACGCAAGUGCAUUUUUUCUUAUGGAACGCAAGUGCAUUUUUUCCCAAGAAAAACAUGAAAAUCUCCCCUUCCGCCACAACCGGUAGCCCCUAUACCUCAUGAAUAGGUACAUCAAUCAAUCAAUGAAUUGUGUAAACUUCAACUUUUAACUUCAACUUUUAACUUACAGACUCCUAGUGGUCUCCAUGAAUAUAAUCGUCAGCUACUGUUAGAGGUAGAAGAAAUCCAUCUUCAGCAGCAUCGUGAGGCUCCUUUUCCCUUUAAAAACGGGACGAGGAUGCCUCUGAAAAUGGGAGAUUUCUUCUAGCCUUAAUACUGGAAGCACUCACCUAAAAAACCUUUUUCCGUCUAAUGCCCGAACCCGGCCAUAAAGGCCGUAGCCGAGGAGCGAUGUUAUCGGAACUAACGUUCUUGCCCAACACAAAGCAAUGGUUGGUCGUUAUGCAGUGGGCGCCUGCCGAAUGA